AUGGCUUCCACGGUGGCUGUGACCUUCAACGUGGACUGUGAGGAGGUCUUCGUCGUCGGCUCCCACAAGAAGCUCGGAGCCUGGGAUGUCACCGAGGCGCUCCCUUGCACCACGUCCGCCGCGAUGUUUCCGCGUUGGAAGUCCAAAGCAGCCAAGCUGCCAAACGGCAGCAGGAUUGAGUUCAAGGUGGUGAUCCGCGGCCCGCGUGGGAACCGUUGGGAGCAUGGAGAGAACCGUCUCCUACAGGUGGAUGUGCCAAGGAAUUCCGAGGCAAAGAUGGUGAGCCUGACUUGGGGGCAGGCUGGUGUCAAGGAUGCCGAAGGUGAAGACAUUGUUGGGGAGUUGCCCACGACCGCCGGUGAGUUUUUCCGGCGCACCAGCUCCCCUGGUGGUGAAAAGAUGAUGCAGAAGCGCGGGAGUCGGCACCUCUGUCGCGGCAGCAACGGUCAAGUGAACCUGGAGAUGACAAGGACCCCGAGCUUGCUGUUAAUCAAUUUCGAGAAGUUCAAUGCAGAAGCGGCGCUUCACGAGAAGGAGCUCGACGCCAUCGAAGAGCGUGCGCAAUUGAACAAGCUUCAGCGCAAGAUGAAGAGCACCCACCUGAUCGAGCGCAUGGCCAAGAUCACCGACACCGUCGACGCCUCCAAGAUGGUGCUCCUGCAAGGCUUUAACUGGGAGAGCUGGCGCUCUGGGGGAGGAGACUGGUACAGCGUGAUUGGAAAAAGGGUGCAGAUGCUGCACGAUAUCGGCUUUACCGACCUCUGGCUACCGCCAUGCUCGCAGUCUGUCGCUCCUCAGGGCUACCUGCCCUCGCAGCUCUUCAACCUGGAUGGGUCCAAGUAUGGCUCCCAAACCGCGCUGGAGACGUUGCUGGAGAAGUGCCACAAGCUGGGCAUGCGCGUGCUGGCGGAUAUCGUCAUCAACCACAGGUGCGGCGACAAGCAAGACAGCGCCGGCCGGUGGAACCAGUUCUCCAGUGGGAUGACCACCAGGCCGAGCUUUGAAGGCGUUGGUGAUUGGGGCGGCUGGGCCGUCACCCUCGGGGACCAGUACUCCGAUGGGAGUGGAAUGCAUGCGCCCGGCAAGUCCGAUGGAAAGUUCGAUGCCGCGCCGGACAUCGACCACAGGAACCCCAAGGUGCAGGACAGCAUCAACAUUUGGCUGCGAUGGCUGCGUCUGCAGGUGGGCUUUGAUGGCUGGCGCUUCGACUUCGCCAAGGGCUACGGUGCUGAGUUUGUCGGGCAGUACUGCACCAAGAGCCACCCUGCUUGGGCCGUGGGCGAACUCUGGACCGACAUGCACUACGACCACCAUGGACUCUGCUACAACCAGGACAAGCAUCGGCAAGCGCUGGUGGACUGGGUGAACGCCACGGGCAAGAAGUCCAUGGCCUUCGACUUCACGACGAAGGGCAUCCUCCAGGAAGCAUGCAGGCUCACACAGUUCUGGAGGUUGCGCGACUGCAACGGAAAGCCGCCGGGCUUGAUCGGCUGGCUCCCGGGAUACGCUGUGACCUUCAUUGACAACCACGACACGGGCAGCACCCAGCGACACUGGCCCUUUCCUGAUGACAAGGUGAUGAUGGGCUACGCCUACAUCCUGACCCACCCAGGAAUCCCGUCAGUCUUCUGGGAUCACAUCAUGGACUGGGGUGAUGAGCAUCGCAAGAAGGUUGCGGCCUUGCUCAAGGCCCGACGUGAUUCAGGCAUCCCGGUGGAUGCUCCGGUCAACAUUCAGUGUGCCGACGAUACCCUGUACUUGGCCGAGAUCGGCCAGCCACCAGCGCUGCGGGUUGCGCUUGGCCCACGUCCUGCUGGGCAGCCAGACAUGAACUACUGGUCCCACGGCCCGAACGGCCACGGCUACCGCGUUUGGGUGAAGCGCACCGCUGCUCCACAGAUUGAAAACAAAACUGUGCCGCGGGGCUCGCCGGCCAUGGCAUUUGCCGCAGCCAUGCGGCGCUUGACGCUGGUGCAUCGACGACGCGUGGCACGGAGCAUCGCGGUGACGCUGGUGUUGAUUGCGGCCUCCAUCUUUCUACGACUUCGGCGCAGGCUCCGAGAUGUGAGCACCUUUCCACGACUUCUCAAGAUCCGUGCGCCGCUGGUCCAUGCGGAAGGUACAGCGAGUACCGAAGUUGCGGCCACCGCCGCAAGUGAAGUGACAGCCAACAAGCAAGCCACCCCACCCGAAGUUGCGUGCGCCGUGCACAACUUCGCCAUGUUCACCGUCGGUGAGAACGAUUUCGGCAACGGAGUCAGGUACACCUGCGGCGAAAUCGGACAACUUGUAGAAUUCGUCGGAGAUGGUGACCUCAUCGUCCAGAAGAGCAACGGCAAGAUGGCUUGCUGGUACCUCACCAACGCAGAGAGGCUGUUGAGUGCAGGGGAUAGCGUCAAAUACGUUUGUGGCGAGGUUGCGACAGUGGUCGGCUUCGAUGCCGAUGGCGACGUGAUUGUCCUCAAGCAGGGUGGCCGCAAAGCAACUUGGUUUGCGCACAAGUGCGCGUGA